UUUACCCAAAAUCCCCUCUUUUCCCCAUGGUUUUCCCUGUCCCGGUCCCUGUCCCGGUCUCGCUCAGGUAUUUUUUCCUUUUUUACCCAAAAUCCCUCAUUUUCCCCGCACUUUUCCCUGUCCCGGUUCCAGUCCCGGUUCCGGUUCCUGUCCCGGUCAGGAUCCCGGUCCCUCUCGGGUAUUUUUUCCCAUUUUACCCAAAAUUCCCCAUUUCCGCCGCGGUUUUCCCUGCCGGCGCGGCGGCCGAAGCUCAGCGUUUCUGUAGUGUAGUGGUUAUCACGUUCGCCUCACACGCGAAAGGUCCCCGGUUCGAAACCGGGCAGAAACACUCCUCCUUUUCCUUCCCAUCGCUUUUUCCCUUUUAUCCCUUAUUUUUCCCCUCAUUCCGGCACUGUCAGCUCAUCUGAGCUUUUCUCUCCGCUCAGUUUUCUUUGCGUGAUUUUGAAUCUCAGCUCUUUUUCCCUUCCUGCCUUCUCCAGCCAAACUUUCCUUCAUCGUCCCCAAAACUCCACCAUCCCUCACGCCCUCCUCCUCCUCCUCCUCUUCAUCCCCAGGUCCCAGCACCCCACAGGGAGGAAGCACACCCUCCUCAUCCUCUUCUUCAUCCCCAACAUCCACCAUCCCUCACACCUUCCUGUUCUUCCUCCCCAAUAUCCAGGAUCCCGGAGGGAGGAAGCACACCCUCCUCCUCCUCCUCAUCCCCAGGAUCCCAAAGGGAGGAAGCACACCCUCCUCCUCCUCCCCCCGGCCCCAUGGCGCUCCCCAGCCCCGCCGAGCAGCUCCGCGCCGCCGCCUCGUGCCCGGUGUGCCUGGAGCUCUUCCGCGACCCCGUCUCUCUGCGCUGCGGCCACAACUUCUGCCGGGGCUGCGUGGAGCGCUGCGGGCCGGGCCCCGGCGCGGCGGCGGGGCCGCUCUGCUGCCCGCAGUGCCGGGACGCGGCGCCGGGCGGCGGGAGCAGCAGCCUGAGGCCGAGCCGGGAGCUCGGGCACAUCGCGGGCAUCGCCCGGGAGCUGCUCCCGGCGCUGCUCCCCGCGCCGCCGCCGGCGACGCCGGGGGACGGCUCCGUGUGCGGGCGGCACCGGGAGCCGCUGCGGCUCUUCUGCCGCGAGGAGCGGGCGCUGCUGUGCGCCGAGUGCGCGCGGGAGCGCCGGGAGCGGCACCGGGAGCGGCACCGGGGACAGGAGCGGGAACAGGAGCGGGAACAGGAGCGGGAGCAGCACCGGGAGCAGGACCGGGAGCAGCACCGGGAGCAGCACCGGGGACAGGAGCGGGAACAGGACCGGGAGCAGCACCGGGAGCAGCGCCGGGGACAGGACCGGGAGCGGCACCGGGAGCAGCACCGGGGACAGGAGCGGGGACAGGAGCGGGAACAGGACCGGGAGCAGCACCGGGGACAGGACCGGGAACAGGAGCGGGGACAGCAGCGGGAGCAGCAAUGGGAGCGGCGCCGGGAACAGGACCGGGAACAGGACCGGGAGCAGCACCGGGAACAGGAGCGGGGACAGCAGCGGGAGCAGCAAUGGGAGCACCGGGUGGUGCCAGUCGAGGAGGCGGCGAGGGAGUACCGGGAGCAGAUCCAGAGCUGCCUCCAGGCUUUGAAGGAGGAGAGAGAAAAAUUCCUGGAAAGCCGAAAAUCCGGAGCUUGGAGGAGUCUGCACCUGGACAGGGCGCGGGGCGAGGGGCAGCAGCUGGCGCGGGAGUUCCGGGAGUUGCGGCGCUCCCUGGAGGAGCAGCAGCGCCUCCUGCUGGCGCAGCUCGGGGGCCUGGAGGCGGCCAUCGGCCGGGGCCGGGAGCAGGCGGUGGAAAAGGUCUCGGAGGAGUUGUCCCAGCUGGACACGCUCAUCUGGGAGAUGGAGGGGAAAUUCCAGCAGCCCCCGGGCCGAUUCCUGCAGGACAUCCAGCAGCUCCUGGACAGCUGUGAGACGAUGAGGUUCCAGCCCCCGGCCGAAAUCUCCCCCGAGCUGGAGAGGAGCCUGGAGGAUUUCGCCCAGAGGAACAUCCUGGUGAGGCGCACCUUGAGGAGAUGCCAAGACAGCCUCAUGUUCCUGCUGCAGGAGCCGGCCUCGCUCACCCUGGACCCCCACACCGCCCACCCGCACCUGCAGCUCUCGGCCGACGCCAGGGAGGCUCGGGGGCAGCUCCAGCCCCGCGACGCCCCCGAGCGCCCCGAGCGCUUCGACUUCGAGCCCUGCGUGCUGGCGCGGGGCGGCUUCACCUCGGGCCGGCAUUUCUGGGAGGUGGAGGUGGGCCGGGGCGGGGUGUGGGCGCUGGGGGUGGUGCGGGAAUCCUCCCGCAGGAAGGGCCCCCUGAGCCUGACCCCCAAGGAGGGCGUUUGGGCGCUGGAGGCCUUCCACUCGCUGACGUCGCCCCGCGCCAAGCUGCGCCUGCAGCCGCCGCCGCGCCGGCUCCGCGUGGCGCUGGACUACGAGGGGCGCCGCGUGGCGUUCUUCGGCGCCGGCGACGACGUGCCCAUCCUCGAGUACACGCGCGCCGCCUUCAACGGGGAGCGGCUCCGGCCCUGGUUCAAGAUGGGCCUGGGCGCGCGGCUGAUGGAGGUGACGCGGGGCGAGCGCUGCCAGGACCGCGCCGUGGGCGGCAGGGUCGUGUCCCCCCUGGACUGGGUGGGAUUCGGGUUCUCCAUGAGGAUCUGCUCCCUGCAAGAUCUGAAAAAUGAGCUGGAGAAGAGGCAGGCGAAAAAAAUCCCGGAGAUUUCCCACCAGGAAACCCCAGAACAGGGUCAGGAGGAGAAAAAACAGCAGCAGGAUGUGAAGAGCUCCAUCAGCAGGUGUGGGAAAGUGACUUUCCAGCUGCCCCUGGAUGCGGCUCCUGGGCUGGAAGAGCGAGUUUGUCACUUCUCCUGGAGGAGCAGCGCCCUGAAGGAAACCCUGAGGAAGCUCCAAGCCAGCGUGACCCUGGACCCCGACACGGCGCACCCCGAGCUGGUUCUCUCCGAGGACGGCAAGAGCGUCUGGCGCGGAUCCUCGCCCCGCCAGCUCCCGGACUGCCCCGAGCGCUUCGACCACUGGCCCUUCGUGCUGGGCCGCCAGGGCUUCGUGUCCGGGCGCCACUGCUGGCACGUGGACGUGGGCGACGGCGGCGACUGGGCCGUGGGCGUGGCGCGGGACUCGGUGCCCAGGAAGGGGCGGCUGAGCCUGGGCCCGCAGGGCGGCAUCUGGGCGCUGGAGAAGUGGGGCGCGCAGCUGCGGGCGCUGACGGCGCGCAAGGUGACCCCGGUGGCGCCGCGGUGGCUGCCGCGCCGGGUCAGCGUGCACCUGGACUGCCACGGCGGCUCCGUGGCCUUCCUGGACGCCGAGGACGGGGCGCUGCUCUUCGUCUUCUCCCGGGCGGCCUUCGGUGGGGAGAGGCUCCGGCCCUGGCUCUGGGUGGUGGGGGCCCGGUCACGGCUGCGCGUGUGGCCCUGA